AUGAUCUGGUACCUGCUCUACGCAUUCCGCGGUACCACAGAGCCCCCCAAGCUCUCGUCGGAGCACCCCAUCCGUAGGGCUUUCGCCAGCUAUGGGAACGCCACCGCCCGCCAUUGGCUCUUCUCGCUGCUGUUGUCUGUUGCCGUCGCCGUCUUCCUGUGCUAUCCAGUCGUCUUUCUCUACGAGAGCCCGGCCGCCAGCGGCCUGCCCCACCAUGUCUGGACCUCCGUGCGCGCCUAUGACGGCCCCGAAAACGUCGCCCCGGACGUGGAAAUGCGCCAGCUCUGGGUUCACGGCAGCUACAUGAAGGCAUUGGACGGGCGCGUGCUGCGCGACGCGCUGAAGAUCCAGGACACGCUCAUCGGGCCCAGCCUCGGUGGCGAGCUAGGUGGUGGUGUGAACAUCACGGGAGAGGGAAACGCGACCGCCGACGGCCCGGUGGAAGGCUCGCAAGAGCUCGCGGGCUGCUGCAGCGACCGUGUCUCCAAGGUUGCUUCUUGGAGCUGCCAUUCGCCGCUCAUGUACUGGAACUGCUCGCUGCCAGCCCUCGAAGAGGAUGUUGACGUCUUGCGCACCAUCAAUUCGCAGCAGGGGCGCCGCUCGUCCUAUAACUUCACCUUGCAGCCGCUGUCCGUGUUCGCUGGCAAGACGUUCAACGGCACCCGCCUUCUUGCUGCCGAUGCGCUCGUAAUCACCAUAUUCGAUCGCUCUGGGGGUGCUAUCGCCGAAGAAUUCGAUAGGCGGUCACGCAAGCUGGCACACGAUGCUCGUGAUGACUGGAACUUCUAUCCCGAGUCCGGAUCCACGUACAGGAAUCGUCUUUACGAGUUUCGAUACCAGCCGAUGAGCAUGAAUGAUGCGUGGACUCUUGUCUUGGCCUACUCCCUCAUGCUGUUCUACGUGCUGUUUAGCCUGAGGAAGCUGAAGGCCGUCAAAAGUGUGUUUGGACUUUUCUGCACAGUCAUUGCUCAAAUGUUCAUAUCCAUCUGUUCUAGCUUCACAAUAUGUGGCAUCUUGAGAAUCAACCUAGCCAACGUUCCCGGAGAAGCCUACCCGUUCGUCGUAUUAGUAAUUGGUCUGGAGAACAUGUUCCGCUUGAUCAACGCUGUUCUGGAAAGUCCAGCGCACAUGCCAACGGUCACUCGCGUUUCAAACGCUCUCGCUGAUGUAGGGCAUCUGGCCCUUGCAGCAGCCGCUCAAAAUCUCCUCAUUCUCUGGUUACUUUCUCGAGUUGUCUCUCCAAGUGUAGCGCCAGCAUGCGCCUUCGCGGCUGUCGCCCUAGUCUUUGAUUUCGUAUUCCACCUUACGUUCUUCGUAGCUGUCUUGAGCGUGGAUGUACGGAGGAUGGAGCUCCAGGAUUCCCUCGACAGGAUUAAUCUCGCUACACAGCGCAGGUCAAGCACAUCUACGAAGGUGGAGCGUCGGACAUGGGGUGGAGCACUUCUUCAAGGGAAGCUUCCAUUCAGCACCAGAAUUGCGGGAACCGUCGCCAUGGUCUCCUUUAUUCUCGCUCUCAAUUGGCACUUUUUCGAUCACGAUCGCAGGCCAUUCUCCUUUGUUAACAUCCUUCGGCUUUUCCGACUCAGAAACAGAAACAACGUCAUAGACCCGCUACCUCCACCUCCAAUUAACCAGGUCCGCACGCCUGAAGCAUGGCUGAAGAUACAGGACUAUAUUUCUGCAAAAGAGCUCAUUGACUUCGUCAAGCCAGGUUCUCACAGCUUCAUUGCCCGUGUUUAUGAGCCCCUGACCGUCGUCACGAAAGAUGCAGACCGCAGAGGGGCUGCCCAUCAGACCCCGUCUGUGUUCAUCGUCCUCCGCGAUCUGGCAGAACACCAUUUCUUUCCCUUUGCUUUGGCGAUUGUUUUCGCCAUCGCAGCCGUCACCCUUCUGAUGAACUACUUGCUCUGGAACGAACUUCCGGAAGAGGAUGCGGAAUCAGGCAUUGGUGACGAACAGCCUCUUUCUGUCAGAAGCCUGCCAAAGUCCCACGAGCUGGACGUGGUGAAGGUAGCGACAUGCAGCCAGGGACAUUUUGUGGCGAUCAGCUUGGAUCGUCUUACCUCGAUUUGGUUCCUCGAUCAUCGGACGCAUGUGUACUCGCAUGUGAUCCUCCAGACGUCCGCAUUACAACCUCCACUCUGGCCCAUAGUUGCGGCCGCAAUAGAUGACACAGGUCACUGGGUGGCACUUCUGACGGACUCUGGCCGAGUUGCCCUGUGGAGCCUGGCCGAACGGCGAUUCGUAAAGUCCCGGGUUCUUGAAAUCAAAGGCCAAUCGCCGAGCGUCUUUGCUUUCGCAUUCCAUCAAAUGGACGAGGUCGAGAGACUGAGCCUUCUCGUGGUCUUUCCCGACGGCCGACUCAAUGAGGUUGACUUCCGCACCGGUCAUCUCUGGACUCAUCAAAUAUCUGAAGUUCCAUUCACCAACGCAGCAUUAUCCUGCUGCAUCAAAGGACAACCGAAGGUUAUCAGCGUUUCAAAAGAUGGGGCAGUUCACUUGUCAUUCCCUUCAUCCGGUGAGUGGGCGUCUGAAACACUCGAUGCUGUUGAUGAUUGGAAGCAUCCGGACCCCACCCACUCCAAGGUAAGCGAAGGAUCAGCCAACAGUCUCAUUUGCCUUCGGCCACCGGCGCUAGGGGAAGAUGACCACAUCACAUGCUCUGGGUUCGAAAGGGCCACGGAGGCCGUCCACUCGGUCAAGUCACCGGGCUCUUGGGAAGCGACGUGCACACCCUCGGUUAUCGGCAUUCGGAAACGGCCUGCGAGCGAAGUGCCCGCGGUGAGGUCCACAUCGUCGGAUGCCAGCUACUUUCCUAUAACGGCAGCAUCUUCGAAUCCGUUCCAAAACGGAAUGUUGAAACGCCGCGACAAGUCGCAUGUGAGCGGACACCAGGUGAACGGAGGGUCGCCCGGGGCCAACGGUUACCACCGAAAGCCCCCGGCCGCGUCUCCGGACAGCACAGGCUCGGAAAGUGAGGAAUGGGAAGCAUGGACGCUGUCGGCGGACGGUGAGCUGCACACGACCCCUCUGUUGCCCCGUCCGCGCAGGGAUUCGAUGAGUGAAGUGUACCUGGAGGACGAGUUCGAGGAGGAGCAGCUGUUCGUGUCCAAGCCGGGGCCGAUUGUGCGAAUCGGCAAGAAGAGCGUGGCUGUGGGGUUCGGCAACGCUCUCAAGAUCAUCUCCUUGGGAAGCGAGAGGUUCGAGGAGGAGACGGCGAACGCAGUCAUGGACUCGGCCACGCUGGGGUUGACCUGGCGGAAGAAAGCACAGGGGAAGAGGGCCGGAGAGCGGGAGAAGGAGCGGGAGCGUAUUGAGAGGAUCGAGCGGGACAAGGCAUCAUCUGGCGGUGGGUUACGGUGGGAAGGGCAGGCGUAA